CGGGCCUUCCUUCCCGUGCCGAGCGCCUUCGUAGACGUCGCACGACUACUCCUUGACGUGGCGGGAGCCCCUCACACACAUUAAGUGCCCCCUUUCCUCCCCUCUCUUUCGACCUUGACCCCGUCUCACCGAGAUAAGGCUGGAUCCCGACAAUUCGAGCGAGUACGACUUGGUAAACAGCUUCGUACCUUCCCUCACAUGACGCCUCGUCCACUCAGACAAGCCCCCCACCCCUCACAACUCGCCCUCUGCGUGUACACCACCCCCUUCUCCUUCCCUAUCGCAUUCCCCGCCCUUGCCAUACCUCGAGGAAAGAUACGGCAAGCUCACAAAGUUGUUCCCGACCUCCAGGCGACUCCCCUCGAUGAUUCUUGAGGUCGAAACGAGAAUGGAGGGGGCGGCGCAGGCGCCCUCUGGCGCAUCCCUCACAUCGCACAUAACCUCAUUCCCGCAUGUUCCAUCUGUUUCUU